AUCGCGUCAUUCACGUAAAUGCGUACCUGUUCGUGCUGCAGCUACAAUGUUAUUUCAUCCGUACUAAUAGUAGUGCAGUACGAAAACAAACAAAAGUUCAGAUACAACAUUAUUUAUAUCUAGCAUAUGUGCGCAUUAUAAUAGACCCAUAAAUAAUAUCUGUAAAUACUGUCACAGCUGUUAAGGCGCUGAUUACGAGGUACGUAUGGGCCAAAAGCACGCACUGCAACCAGUUUAACAGGAACAGCACCCAGGCUUGCUUUGUAUAGACACGUGAGAAAGCCUGCCUUACAGGACCCGGUGCUGUUUACAGGCUCCAUGAGGAAGAACUUGGACCCUUUCAACCAUCACACUGAUGAAGACCUGUGGAAGGCUCUGGAGGAGGUGCAGCUGAAGUCUGUGGUGGAGGAGCUGCCGGGGAAGUUGGAGACGGUUCUGGCCGAGGCCGAGUCGGGCUCCAACUUCAGCGUUGGCCAGAGGCAGCUGGUGUGUCUGGCCAGAGCCAUCCUCAGGAAGAACCGCAUCCUCUCCCUCGACGAGGCCACAGCCAACGUGGACCCCAGAUGCAGGGAGAAUUCAUGCUUAUAGAGAUUCAUAUGGCAUCUUUUAUAAAACGGUGCAGCAGACUGGCAAGCAGGAGGCAGCAGCUCUACUAGAGGCAGCUAAACAGGUUUACAACAGCAGAAGCCAUCGUAGCAUAGCAAACGGAGAUGCAGUAACAGCAGACGGUAACUCUGUUAUCUUUGAGACAGCUCUCUGAGCUCAGGGAGGCUCUGACUAGAGAGUCAGAACCUGGGCUCGUACUGCGCCCCUCCAGCCUCUGGUGACAGCACCCAGGGGCUGAUAGAAGGGCCUCAUCCACUCCAGCUGCUGAGGACACAGGAUCUGAAGAGGCUCAGUGGGGCCGUGAAUGGCUGAGCCAAAUAUACGCACAUUAUGCUCUUGUUUUCGCCAAGCCGGAGAUCACUACUGUAACACUGUUGAAAUAAAUCACUAUUUCUUUUCAAUGCUUCAUAUUUAUCUUAUGUUAUUUACUGCUCAGUAUACUGAUGCCUUGGAGAAAUUGCUUGUAAAUGGCUGCAUAAUCCUUACAAAAUUGUUUGUGCCUUAUUUUAUGUUUAUACACGCUAAUUUAGCCAAUGAUAGUGUGUAGAUUUAUCCACCGUUGCCAUUUUUUUAAAUACAGGAAACAUUAUUGCACAUGAUUUCGUACCAGAUCUAAGGAAUCACACAGCAGCAUCCAUUUCUGUAAUCUCGACCAAUGUUUUGUACAGCCUUUAGAUUCUUGGUAGUAAAUGUUCAUACAGGGAGGAAGCUCAGGUGGCAAUCUUAACACCUCUUCUACAAGUGGUGAAUUAAUUUUGGUUACAAUUAGUUGACACUUUGUUUUGUUGGUCCUUACCAUUUCAAAUGCAUCAUGACUAUCUGACAUGUUAAUACUUGUUUCAACUGC